GUCGAUUGGACCAGACGUGUUUUAAAAGUUUGUAAAGUUUUAGUGAGUGGGUGACAAUGCCUUGCAGUGAAGACGAUGAUACCCAAAGUUAUUCAUCGGAAACCCCCCAUGGUCUGUCUAAAGCUGAGUUGAGAAAGACGAACAAACCUAUAAUGGAGAAGAAACGUCGCGCUCGGAUCAACAACUGCCUCAACGAGCUCAAGGAUCUGCUCAUGGACUCCAUGGACAAAGAUCCCGCACGACAUUCCAAACUAGAGAAGGCGGAUAUUCUGGAACUGACAGUGAAGCAUCUGCAGACUUUACAACGACAGCAGCUAGCCGCUGCAAUUGCAGCAGACCCAGCCGUUUUGCACAGGUUCAAGUCAGGUUUCGGUGACUGCGCUGUCGAAGUCAGGAAAUACCUCUCCCGACUCGCCAACGUACCUACUGGACUCAGAUACCGACUCGGAAACCACCUUAAUACCUGCAUAUCCGGUAUAGAACAUCUUCAUCCUUCAGAAUAUCCACCUCUAGUACCUGAUCCUCUGAGAUUAGACGACGAGCGACCCAGCGCUUUUCAUUUCGUCAGAUCAACGAGGCCGAACAGCCCACCUUUAAGUCCACUAUCUUGUGAUUCCGCCUGUGAUUCUUCUACAGAACUGGAGACACCGCCUCGUCCAGUGCAAAAAUAUCCUUUUCCAACACCACCGAGUAACUCAGCCUCUGACCUCGACACAAGUCCUGAACAAAAACCAACAGUCUCAUCGACGACAAUAUCUCCAGAAAACUUAAAAACGGAACCGAUGAAGACUAAGAAAUUGAUGGAACCUUUAUCAAUAGUAAUCGAUGUUGAGAAUUACAAAAUAGGUAUUGAUGCCUCUCCGAAGCGUGCCGUGGACUAUUCAAUACGAAAUAAAUUGAAGCGCCAUGCGGAAACUAUUGUCAGUACUCCUAAAGUUAUUCGCUUAGAUGCUGAGAAAACUGUAACUAUCCCUGAGCGACAAUUGUUUGUUCCUGAAAGAGAUAGUAGAACAAAUGAAAAAUUAUCCGCAUUCAGAAGAAUACCAGAAAGAGUUCAUCCCGAACACAAGCUAUUUUUACCACCCAGUAUACCAACUCCCGUUGAAGUUCCAACAGUGGAGAGGGUACCUCGGUCUGUGAUAAGCCAUACUGCGGAAUCUUUAGCCCAGUCGAGCACAGCUACAGCAAAGAGUGAAGACAAAGCUGAUGCAAGGUCUAAGUCACCUCAACAGAGUACAAGCUCCGAAAUGUGGCGGCCAUGGUGAUACCAGAUUAUUUACGCAUCUGAAAUGCGGCUAUAAGAAAGGCUUUUUAAAAUAUUGUUGUUUGAUUAAAACUCUUUGUAUAUCACGUUUAGGUGAGUGACAGAAACAAUGAGUAUGGAAAGGGGUUGACUGUUAUUUCAAUUUGGAUUAAUGGCCGAUUUCUAUAUUCGAUUGCAAAUUGGCAAUUCAAAAUGUAAUCCUCUUUGUUUGCUUAUUUUUAGAUUGGUAUUUGUAUGAAUGUGACAGGUAAGCGUACCUACUCUACGUUAUUUUCAUUUGGAAAUUAAAGAUUGACAAGUGACACGCAAAAUCUGGAUUCUAAAGAUUCUAAGGCUGGGUGGCAUAAAACUUAUUAGCUGUUAUAGUCAAAUUUUACGUUAACAGAAACGGUGACGUUACAAUGACUGUGGAAUAUGUUGCAUAGUCGUAGGUAUUCCUUGGCAUAGCUAAAGUUAAAAAGAGAAAUACUAAAAUUAUUGACUUGAGUCA